AAGAAGGUAGACCCAGACUCCCAGACCCAGCCAGACCUGAGCAGAAUGAGGGGCAACGGGAAGCGGUGACCUUUGACCUUUGCCGUGCGCUGCUGCUUUACGGCUUGCCUCGCCUUGACUGGCCGGGGACAAGCCAUGGCCUUACCUCAACUCCAUUCGCCCUGACCUUACCACCAUCCUACCUGAUCCUCAACUUCUCUCCCUCCGAGUAAACAUUGUCGCAGCCUUCCAAUCUACGGCCUCAUCACACACGUGUGCUACAUUCCUCUCGUAGCCUCCUCCGAUACACCCGCUCCCGAACCAGCUCUAGAGCUCAAGCUCCAGCUCCAGCUCCCACAUUUACCCCACCAUCACCAUCAUCACCAUGGCUUCCCACGAGCAAGAGGACACCAUGCCCGAGGAGACUCAGGGCUACAAGCUCUCCCAACCCAAGCAGAGUCUGGCCGAGUACCAGAAGAUGGACGAGAACGAUGAGUCUCUUCAGCGCUACAAGGAGUCCCUCGGCCUUGGCGGCGGCAAGGACCUCUCUGACGCUUCUGACCCCCGCGUCUGCAUCAUCCUCUCCCUGACCAUGGAGUCUCCCGGUCGCGACCCCGUCACCAUCGACCUGGCUGCUCCUGGCUCUGAGGCGACCCUGAAGGACAAGCCCUUCAAGAUCAAGGAGGGUGCCAAGUUCACCAUGGUCGCCAAGUUCAAGGUCCAGCACGAGAUUCUCAGCGGUCUGCAGUAUGUCCAGGUCGUCAAGCGCAAGGGAAUCAAGGUCAGCAAGGACUCUGAGAUGCUGGGCAGCUACGCUCCCAACACCGACAAGCAGACCACUUACACCAAGCGCUUCCAAGAGGAGGACGCUCCUUCCGGCAUGCUGGCCAGAGGUCACUAUAACGCUAUCUCCAGCUUCGUUGACGACGACAAGAAGACUCACUUGACCUUUGAGUGGUCUUUCGACAUUGCCAAGGACUGGUAGAGUGGACGAGGCCCUGAUGGCUGAACUACUCUCUCGCCCUGCCAUCAUUCUCGUCGACCCGAAAAGCUGUCUCGUCGCUCUCGUCUAUAACUUGGUCUUCCGAACUUAAUCUCUUUCUAGGAAGGAGAAGUCGCGCAUCGGUGGAUCCGAACCCGAUCAUGGUUGGGAGAACAUAUGUAGUGGAACUCGAGGUAGGCAGGCAGGACAACAUCUCACUCGUUCAUACACAACACGAAAAGAAUCAAAAAGGUCAAACCAGGCACGGCCAACACGCGGGAAACAUGGGUGGUGGACCAGGCCGAUGAAAUGCCCUUUUCUUCUCUUGCUAUACAACACACACACGCACACUCCCACAAAUUUUGCUCUCAACCUCUUACACUGGUUAUUGCACAUGAAGUCACGAUUACAAAAACAAAAAUUGGACGGUUUAGAUGGCAGAUA